AUGAAGUUGUCAAAUGUCUACGUGGAAAUUCGAGUGGACACCACUAUUUCUACGGAUACGGCUGUCUCAAACAAUAAACCAGAUAUUUUUGUCGAAGACAAGAUGAGAAAUACAAUUACAUUCAUUGAAGUUGGGAUUACCUCACAAAAUUGCCUAAAGCAAGUUGAAGUGAAAAAGUUCCACAAAUAUGACCUUUUGACAAAUGAAUUAGGGGCGAUUCAUCGGGCUAAAGUGAAGAUUAUCCCUGUUGCACUUACUUGGGAUGGAAUUGUCUCAAGAUUCUUUAAAAGUCAUCUGGAUUCUAUCGCAGUGGAAGACAGAGUGGAGGCAUAUAUCCAAACACAAAACAUUGGAGAGUAUGCAGGUGGAGACAAAACAUGGAAUAUCGGUUCCCGAAGAGGAGCAAGCAUAUUGUUCUGCUAUUAUACAAACUGGGCAAAAUACAGGCCAGGGGGGUUUGAAUUCGAUGACAGCCAUUUAGCAAACCUUUGUACGCAUAUAAUAUAUGCAUUCUGCACCAUUGAUGUAAAUAAUCUUUCUAUUAUUUCAAAUGACAAUUGGUCUGACUACGAUUUUCAUAGAAUCACUUCUCUUAAACGUUUGAAUCCUCGUUUGAAAAUCUUGCUUUCUGUCGGAGGGUGGAACAAACUGCUCAAUGAGUUUACGACUGUAUCAAGAAGCGACUCUAAUGCAGAAACAUUUGCUAAAAAAACAAAAGACUUUUUAAAGAAAUACAAUUUUGACGGAUUUGACAUUGAUUGGGAAUUUCCUACGAAUCAAAAACAAGCGUACAGUCGACUUUUGAAAAUUAUGAGCACAGAAUUUCAAAAAGGCUCGAAAAGAUAUUUGUUGACAGCAGCUGUUUCAGCAGGAGUGUCGACAAUUCAGUCUUCAUAUGACAUAAGAGAAAUUUCUAGGUUAAAUAUUCACAUUCUGAAAAUUAGAUAUCUUGAUUACAUCAAUUUAAUGACUUAUGAUUUCUACGGUCAAUUUUCGGACACUGAUUAUGUAGUCAGAUAUUGGUCUAAGCACGGUGCUCCAAAGUCAAAACUACUCAUCGGGUUACCAACCUACGGACAAGGAUUCAAAACUAGAUCAAAAAAUCCAAAAAUUGGAGAUAAAAUCGUUGGGGGACCUAGCCAAGGACCGAUAACAAAAGAAUCAGGAAUUCUAGCCUAUAUUGAGGGAAAAUAUGUGAAAGAUAAUGGACUAGCAGGGAUGUUUGUUUGGACUUUAGAUUUUGACGAUGUUAAUGGAGAUGAAUGCGGCCAAGGACAAUCGCCCUUGAUAUCACAAAUGAAAAAAUCACUGAAUAUUAGAUAG